AUGAAGUUGACGGAUUCUACCAUACGUUCAUUUAAGCCCGUGAAAUAUUUUAAAGAAAACUGUGACAAUAUCAACUCCCUCAGCUUUUCCAGCAAUGGAGAGUCACUUAUAUCUAGCAGUGAUGAUGACCAGAUGGUGAUUUAUGAUUGUUCAAGUGGAACACCUAGACGAACCUUAUUUAGCAAAAAAUAUGGAGUUAAUCUAAUACAGUUCACACACAGUCCCAGCACUGCUAUUCACGCUUCUACUAAGAUCGAUGAUACCAUACGUUAUCUUUCACUGCAUGAUAACAAAUAUAUCAGAUACUUUCAAAGCCAUGUCUCAAGGGUUGUUUCCCUAUGUAUGUCACCCAUUGAUGAUACAUUCUUGUCUGGUGCAAUGGACUUCACCAUACGCCUGUGGGAUUUAAGGUCACCCAAUUGCCAUGGUGUGAUGCAUAUUUCUGGUCGACCUACAACUGCUUUUGAUCCAGAAGGACUGAUAUUUGCAGCUGGAAUAAGUUCAGAGUCAGUCAAAUUGUACGAUCUACGAUCAUUUGAUAAAGGCCCUUUUGCUACAUUCAAGUUUGGUGCGGAAGCGAGUGGUUGCUUUUGGACUAAUUUGCAGUUUUCUCCAGAUGGUAAAGCUCUUGUGAUAACAACCAAUGGCACCCAUAUUCGGUUGAUUGAUGCAUUUAAAGGGACUCAUUUGCAUACUUUUACGGUGGUACCAAACGCUGAGAGACUGAUGUUAAAUGCAACUUUCACACCAGACAGUCAGUUUAUAUUGGUCGGUUCGCCAGAUGGAGUUGUUCAUAUUUGGUCAGUUGAAACUGGAGUACGUGUGGCAAGCAUACCAGGUUAUGAAAAUGCUAAUAAUUUACUAAAUCCAGCUAUUAAUAGCAUGGCAUUCAAUCCUCGGUUUGCAAUGCUAGCCACAGGGUCAUUUCAAACGUGUUUAUGGCUCCCAGCAUUGGAAGAGUAA